CGCUUGCGGGCUUCACGCCGCGUGCUCGGAAGGCUGCGCCACUCGGCUCCUGGCUGUGCGGCUGGCGAGAGCGCUUCAGGCCUUUCGGAGUGGGCGUGUGGAGCUGUUCUGAGUGGGACGAAGUUCUCAGCAAUGGCGAUGCCACUGGCAAUGCUGCUUGACUGGUGCAGGUGGAUGGGUGUGAACGCACACCGUUCCCUGCUCAUCCUGGGCAUCCCUGAUGACUGCGGGGACCAGGAAUUCCAGGAGGCCGUGCAUGCUGCCCUGUGGCCCCUGGGCAGGUACCGACUGCUGGGCAAAGUGUUCAGAAAGGAGCUUGGAUGCAAGGUCGCCUUGGUCGAGUUUCCUCAGUAUUUAAACCGAAGUUUGAUCCCUCGACAGAUACCAGGCGAAGGAGGACCCUGGCCUGUGGUCUUUCUGCCCCAGGCCCCUGAUUCAGAGUCACAGGAUAGACCAGAUUUCCCUGCACAGCCCCAGAGUCAAGCAGUGGCUUGCCAGGCAGGUGGCGCAGGAGCUGCAGGGGAGGAAGCUGCGAGUGAGGCAGGAGCUGCAGGGGAGGAAGCUGCGAGUGAGGCAGGAGCUGCAGGGGAGGAAGCUGCGAGUGAGGCAGGAGCUGCAGGGGAGGAAGCUGCGAGUGAGGCAGGAGCUGCAGGGGAGGAAGCUGCGAGUGAGGCAGGAGCUGCAGGGGAGGAAGCUGCGAGUGAGGCAGGAGCUGCAGGGGAGGAAGCUGCGAGUGAGGCAGGAGCUGCAGGGGAGGAAGCUGCGAGUGAGGCAGGAGCUGCAGGGGAGGAAGCUGCGAGUGAGGCAGGAGCUGCAGGGGAGGAAGCUGCGAGUGAGGCAGGAGCUGCAGGGGAGGAAGCUGCGAGUGAGGCAGGACCUGCAGGGGAGGAAGUUGCAGGUGUGGCAGGAGCUGCAGGGGAGGCAGGAGCUGAAGAUGGAGGAGAGUCAUAUGAAGAAGAAGCUGCAGGGGAGGCAGGAGUUGCAGAUGAGGAAGAAGCUGUGAGUGAGGCAGGAGCUGUAGGGGAGGCAGGAGCUGAAGAUGGAGGAGAGUCAGAUGAGGCACGAGCUGCAGGGGAGGCAGGAGCAGAAGAUGAAGGAGGAGUGUCCCAUGAGGGAGCCGCAGGUGCAGCAGCAGCUGGGGGUGUGGCAGAAGUAGCAGGUGAGGAAGGAGCUGCCGGUGUGGCAGGAGUGGCAGGAGCUGCACGGGAGGCAGGAGCCCAAGAUGAAGGGGGGGUGUCCGAUGAGGAAGGAGCGGCAGGUGACACAGGAAUUGCUGGCAUGGCAGGAUCUGUGAGCAUGGCAGGAGCUGCUGGGGAGGCAGGCACUGCCGGGGAGGAAGGAGCUGUGGGGGUUUCAGGAGUCAUAGAUGCGGGAGGAUCCUGGACCCAGCAGUGGAACCAGGCCCAGCAGCUUGUGCUGGAAAAUAUAGCCUUUGGGGAAUUGAGAGCCUUUUCUGGGUUGGAAGAGCCAGACCAAGAGCAAGAGUCCUUUGAGAGUUGGCUGGACCAUGCCAAUGACAUGCUGUACACGUGGCGCUACGUGUCGGAAAGGGAGAGGAGGCGACGGCUGCUGGAAAGCUUGGGUGGCCCCGCACUGGAGCUCCUGGGCAGCCUCCUGGCAGAAGAUCCCGACAUGCCUGCUCAGGAUUGCCUAGCUGCGUUGGUACAGGUGUUUGGGGACAAGGACUCCUGCGUGACAGCCCGGCUCAAGUUCCUCACUUGUGCUCAGCGGCCUCAGGAGACUUUGUUUGCCUAUGUGAUGCGCCUGGAGGGCCUGCUGCAGUCGGCUGUGGAGAAGGGGGCCUUCCACCCUGUCGUCGCAGACCAGGUUCGCGCCAGGCAGGUGCUGAUGCGGGCCCGGCCGAACGAGCUGCUCCAAAACAAGCUGAGGAGGAUGCGACUGGAGAGGAGACCACCUGGCUUCCUGGGGAUGUUGCGGCUGAUUCGGGAGACUGAAGCAUGGGAGGCCAUCCCAGUUAGCGGUGAGCAGUUCCAACCGGAAGUAGGGGCCUGUGUGGAUAGUGGAGGGCUGGCCACUGCCCAGGCUGCCCCUGCCUGUGAAGAGGUUGCUGAAGCCUCUGCAGCCAACAGAGGUGCUUUCCGGGCUGAUCCGGCUCUUGAAGUCAUGACCGAGGGCACCCCUGCGGGUGCAGAUGAAACUGGGGUCCUCCCAGCUAACGAAGAUGCUUUCUGGGCUGCCCUGGUUCUUGAAGUCGUCACCGAGGGCACCCCUGCGGGUGCAGAUGAAACCGGAGAUCCCCCAGCUAACGAAGAUGCUUUCCGGGCUGACCUGGCUCUCCAAGUCGUCACCAAGGACACCCCUGUGGGUGCAGAUGAAACCAGGGAUCCCUCAGCCAACGAAGAUGCUUUGCGGGCUGACCCGACUCUCGAAGUCGUCACCGAGGGCACCCCUGCGGGUGCAGAUGAAACCGGGGCCCGCCCAGCCAACGAAGAUGCUUUAUGGGCUGCACUGGUUCUUGAGGUCGUCACUGAGGGCACCCCUGUGGGUACAGAUGAAACCGGGGAUCCCCCAGCCAACGAAGAUGCUUUCCGGGUUGACCCAGCUCUUGAGGUCAUCACCGAGGGCACCCCUGCGGGUGCAGAUGAAACCGAGGCCCCCACAGGCAACGAAGAUAUUUUCUGGGCUGACCGAGCUCUUGAAGUCAUCACCAAGGGCACCCCUGCGAGUGCAGAUGAAACUGGGCCCCCCCCAGCUAACGAAGAUGCUUUCCAGGCUGACCCAGCUCUUGAGGUCGUCACUGAGGGCACCCCCGUGAGUGCAGAUGAAACUGGGCCCCCCCCAGCCAACGAAGAUGCUUUCCAGGCUGACCCGGCUCUUGAGGUCGUCACUGAGGGCACCCCCGUGGGUGCAGAUGAAACUGGGGCCCCCCCAGCCAACGAAGAUGCUUUCCGGGCUGACCCGGCUCUUGAGGUGGUCACCGAGGGCACCCCUGCGGGUGCAGAUGAAACUGGGGAUCCCCCAGCCAACAAAGAUGCUUUCCGGGCUGACCUGGCUCUUGAGGUCGUCACCGAGGGCACCCCUGCGGGUGCAGAUGAAACCGAGGCCCCCCCAGGCAACAAAGAUAUUUUCUGGGUUGACCCGGCUCUUGAAGUCGUCCCUGAGGGCACCCCCGCGGGUGCAGAUGAAACUGGGGCCCCCCCAACCAACGAAGAUGCUUUCCAGGCUGACCCGGCUCUUGAGGUCGUCACUGAGGGCACCCCCGUGGGUGCAGAUGAAACCGGGGAUCCCCCAGCCAACGAAGAUGCUUUCCGGGCUGACCCAGCUCUUGAGGUCAUCACCGAGGGCACCCCUGCGGGUGCAGAUGAAACCGAGGCCCCCCCAGGCAACGAAGAUAUUUUCUGGGCUGACCCAGCUCUUGAAGUCAUCACCAAGGGCACCCCUGCGGGUGCAGAUGAAACUGGGGCCCCCCCAGCCAACGAAGAUGCUUUCCGGGCUGACCCGGCUCUUGAGGUGGUCACCGAGGGCACCCCUGCGGGUGCAGAUGAAACUGGGGAUCCCCCAGCCAACAAAGAUGCUUUCCGGGCUGACCCGGCUCUUGAGGUCGUCACCGAGGGCACCCCUGCGGGUGCAGAUGAAACCGAGGCCCCCCCAGGCAACAAAGAUAUUUUCUGGGUUGACCCGGCUCUUGAAGUCGUCCCUGAGGGCACCCCCGCGGGUGCAGAUGAAACUGGGGCCCCCCCAACCAACGAAGAUGCUUUCCAGGCUGACCCGGCUCUUGAGGUCGUCACUGAGGGCACCCCCGUGGGUGCAGAUGAAACCGGGGAUCCCCCAGCCAACGAAGAUGCUUUCCGGGCUGACCCAGCUCUUGAGGUCAUCACCGAGGGCACCCCUGCGGGUGCAGAUGAAACCGAGGCCCCCCCAGGCAACGAAGAUAUUUUCUGGGCUGACCCAGCUCUUGAAGUCAUCACCAAGGGCACCCCUGCGGGUGCAGAUGAAACUGGGGCCCCCCCAGCCAACGAAGAUGCUUUCCGGGCUGACCCGGCUCUUGAGGUGGUCACCGAGGGCACCCCUGCGGGUGCAGAUGAAACUGGGGAUCCCCCAGCCAACAAAGAUGCUUUCCGGGCUGACCCGGCUCUUGAGGUCGUCACCGAGGGCACCCCUGCGGGUGCAGAUGAAACCGAGGCCCCCCCAGGCAACAAAGAUAUUUUCUGGGUUGACCCGGCUCUUGAAGUCGUCCCUGAGGGCACCCCCGCGGGUGCAGAUGAAACUGGGGCCCCCCCAACCAACGAAGAUGCUUUCCAGGCUGACCCGGCUCUUGAGGUCGUCACUGAGGGCACCCCCGUGGGUGCAGAUGAAACCGGGGAUCCCCCAGCCAACGAAGAUGCUUUCCGGGCUGACCCAGCUCUUGAGGUCAUCACCGAGGGCACCCCUGCGGGUGCAGAUGAAACCGAGGCCCCCCCAGGCAACGAAGAUAUUUUCUGGGCUGACCCAGCUCUUGAAGUCAUCACCAAGGGCACCCCUGCGGGUGCAGAUGAAACUGGGGCCCCCCCAGCCAACGAAGAUGCUUUCCGGGCUGACCCGGCUCUUGAGGUGGUCACCGAGGGCACCCCUGCGGGUGCAGAUGAAACUGGGGAUCCCCCAGCCAACAAAGAUGCUUUCCGGGCUGACCCGGCUCUUGAGGUCGUCACCGAGGGCACCCCUGCGGGUGCAGAUGAAACCGAGGCCCCCCCAGGCAACAAAGAUAUUUUCUGGGUUGACCCGGCUCUUGAAGUCGUCCCUGAGGGCACCCCCGCGGGUGCAGAUGAAACUGGGGCCCCCCCAACCAACGAAGAUGCUUUCCAGGCUGACCCGGCUCUUGAGGUCGUCACUGAGGGCACCCCCGUGGGUGCAGAUGAAACCGGGGAUCCCCCAGCCAACGAAGAUGCUUUCCGGGCUGACCCAGCUCUUGAGGUCAUCACCGAGGGCACCCCUGCGGGUGCAGAUGAAACCGAGGCCCCCCCAGGCAACGAAGAUAUUUUCUGGGCUGACCCAGCUCUUGAAGUCAUCACCAAGGGCACCCCUGCGGGUGCAGAUGAAACUGGGGCCCCCCCAGCUAACGAAGAUGCUUUCCAGGCUGACCCGGCUCUUGAGGUUGUCACUGAGGGCACCCCCGUGGGUGCAGAUGAAACUGGGGCCCCCCAAGCCAACGAAGAUGCUUUCCGGGCUGACCCGGCUCUUGAGGUCGUCACUGAGGGCACCCCCGUGGGUGCAGAUGAAACUGGGGCCCCCCCAGCCAACGAAGAUGCUUUCCGGGCUGACCCGGCUCUUGAGGUGGUCACCGAGGGCACCCCUGCGGGUGCAGAUGAAACUGGGGAUCCCCCAGCCAACAAAGAUGCUUUCCGGGCUGACCUGGCUCUUGAGGUCGUCACCGAGGGCACCCCUGUGGGUGCAGAUGAAACCGAGGCCCCCCCAGGCAACAAAGAUAUUUUCUGGGUUGACCCGGCUCUUGAAGUCAUCACUGAGGGCACCCCCGCGGGUGCAGAUGAAACUGGGGCCCCCCGAACCAACGAAGAUGCUUUCCAGGCUGACCCGGCUCUUGAGGUCGUCACUGAGGGCACCCCCGUGGGUGCAGAUGAAACCGGGGAUCCCCCAGCCAACGAAGAUGCUUUCCGGGCUGACCCAGCUCUUGAGGUCAUCACCGAGGGCACCCCUGCGGGUGCAGAUGAAACCGAGGCCCCCCCAGGCAACGAAGAUAUUUUCUGGGCUGACCCAGCUCUUGAAGUCAUCACCAAGGGCACCCCUGCGGGUGCAGAUGAAACUGGGGCCCCCCCAGCUAACGAAGAUGCUUUCCAGGCUGACCCGGUUCUUGAGGUUGUCACUGAGGGCACCCCCGUGGGUGCAGAUGAAACUGGGGCCCCCCCAGCCAACGAAGAUGCUUUCCAGGCUGACCUGGCUCUUGAGGUCGUCACCGAGGGCACCCCUGUGGGUGCAGAUGAAACCGAGGCCCCCCCAGGCAACAAAGAUAUUUUCUGGGUUGACCCGGCUCUUGAAGUCGUCACCGAGGGCACCCCCGCGGGUGCAGAUGAAACUGGGGCCCCCCCAGCCAACGAAGAUGCUUUCCGGGCUGACCCGGCUCUUGAGGUCAUCACUGAGGGCACCCCCGUGGGUGCAGAUGAAACUGGGCCCCCCCCAGCCAACGAAUAUGCUUUCCGGGCUGACCCGGCUCUUGAGGUGGUCACCGAGGGCACCCCUGCGGGUGCAGAUGAAACUGGGGAUCCCCCAGCCAAGGAAGAUGCUUUCCGGGCUGACCUGGCUCUUGAGGUCGUCACCGAGGGCACCCCUGUGGGUGCAGAUGAAACCGAGGCCCCCCCAGGCAACAAAGAUAUUUUCUGGGUUGACCCGGCUCUUGAAGUCGUCACCGAGGGCACCCCCGCGGGUGCAGAUGAAACUGGGGCCCCCCCAGCCAACGAAGAUGCUUUCCAGGCUGACCCGGCUCUUGAGGUCGUCACUGAGGGCACCCCUGUGGGUGCAGAUGAAACCGGGGAUCCCCCAGCCAACGAAGAUGCUUUCCGGGCUGACCUGGCACUUGAGGUUGUCACCGAGGGCACCCCUGCGGGUGCAGAUGAAACCGGGGAUCCCCCAGCCAACGAAGAUGCUUUCCGGGCUGACCCGGCUCUUGAGGUCGUAACCGAGGGCAUCUCUGUGGGUGUAGGUCAAACCCAGGCCUUCCCAGCCAAUGAAGAUCCUGCUGAAUCUGUCCCAGCCAACAUGGAGGCCAGUGAGGCAGUUCCUGGCACUGUGGAAGCUGAUAGGGCUGCUCUUGAAGCCCAUGAUGCUGCCAGGGCUGCCCCUGACCCCCAGGAGAGCUCCAAGUUCUUCCCUGCCACUCAGGAAGAUAAAAAUGCUCCCAUCUCUGUGAGCCUAGGUCAGGCAAGACCCUCAGAGGCCCCUGGGGGUCCCAUUCCUCCCCAGAUGGGUGGAGUUCCCAGGGUGGGCCCAAGAGGUCCUGGCUAUGAGCCAGAGGGCCUAGCCCAGGCCGGAGACCAGGAGGCCAGAGGGUCCCCUGAGGAGGGGCUGGAGCCUAUCCCAGAGGAGUCAGGAAAUGAGGAUGGAGCUUGGGAGACGAUCCCCCCCAAGUCCUCCUCAGGCAAAUAGGCUCAGAAGGCCCAGAGUCCCCCUCUCCUCUCAGGUAUCAGAGCUCUGGAGGCAGAGGGAGGCCAUGCCGGGGCAGAAGCCUCACCCUAUGUUGGGGGGCAGGGCCGAGGGAGCAGCCCACUCAGCCCAAACAAAUUCCUUGGACCCCACCUCCCCAAGGCACCCUAGCCACCCACCACCAUGAGCCCUUCCAAGUGACCAGGAUGACCACACUUGACACCACAUGGGGCGGGGAAAGGUGCCCCCCCCGCAACCCAUGGCAGCACCCUACCUGGCCCCUGCCCCAGUCCCAAUCCAUGCCAACUCAGGCAGCCAGUCUGGGAAGCACCCCUGAGUGGCUGACCCUAGCCUAGGUGAUGGGCACCCGGAGCCAUCUGCCACCUACACUAGACUGGGAGAUGUUAGGGGCCGCCUCAAGGGUGCCAGCCUCUUGGGUCUCCCAAGAGGGAGAUCCUCAUGCGCAUCCCCCAGGGCACGUCACUCCAUGUUCUGGGAAACCUGCUUGUGUCUCUGUGGGGCCCUUAUGACCCACGUGUCACGUUACUCCUCCACCCCACUAGGUCCCGUUCCUGUGCAGAGCCUUGAGGUGUGCAAGAGCCCGUGGUGGGUGACCUGGCCUACUGGGGCAGCCACCCCCCAGCCCAGGGACCUGCCGUGAGCCUCAGUGGCGACCGGGGCUCCGCUCGCUCUCUCUCCCAGUGUUGUGAGCUCCACCGCUGCUUUCUCGGUGUAGAUUUAAGCCGGCCGCUGCUUGUUCUCGUGGAGAUGUGUGUGUGUUUCUCUGAGCAGCUGUUUCCAGCCCCAUCUCCGAGAUCCCCAGCCCAGUUCCAGGAGACGGCGGGAAGGAUGCCCGAGGGCACGGCUGCUGCUCGCCCAGUGACCUCGGGAAGGAGGAACCAACCAAGGACCGAGGUGGCCAGCGGGAGUCUCCACGGGAACCGUGCUCUGAUGUGCCACGUUGUUUCUUGUGACUCCGUGUCCCCGGCUUGGCCGAGUGUCCCCUGCUGCGUUUUCCACCUUCCUGGGACUGUCCUGUGCAGGCCUUAGGGUGGUACCAGGCCCCAGCAUGUCAGCCAGAGGGGAGGGUGCCCUGGGGUGAGGGGAUGUGGCCAGUUUCUAUCAUCCUGGCCAGAGGUUGAUGGUGGGGCCGCCAGGGAGCAGGAGGGCCACAGUGUUGGAGGAAGCAGAGACACCUCAUUUGGGACCCGGUGUGGGGGGCAUAACCUAUGGGCUCUAGUGGCUGUUAGAUGUUCCUUUCUCUGUUGUCAUUCCUUCUUUGAUGGUUUCAGUAAAUGUUUUCUUCAA